UACAUACGCCAGCCUCAAAACCAAUAUAUUGAAAAAGCCGCCUCGCGAAAAGCUUCCAAACCUCCAAACAUCCUAAAUCAAAAGCCAUCACAAUGUCUGUCCUCGAGGUCGGCGAUUCUUUCCCGGGCAACGUGUCCUUUGGCUACAUUCCCUUCACCCCGGAGACCAAGGACAUCACCAGCUGCGGCAUCCCCAUCAAGUUCGAUGCCAGCACCGAAUUCAAGGACAAGAAGGUCAUCGUCGUCGCCGUCCCCGGCGCCUUCACGCCCACCUGCCAGGCCAACCACCUGCCCGGCUUCAUCGAGAACGUCGACGCCCUCAAGGCCAAGGGUGUUGAGAAGGUCGUCGUGAUUGCCUCCAACGAUCCCUUUGUCAUGUCCGCCUGGGGCAAGGCCAACUACACCAAGGACGACUUCAUCAUCUUCGCUUCGGAUUCCGAGCUUGCGUUCAGCAAGGCUAUUGGCUGGACCAUGGGCGACCGAACUGCCCGAUAUGCCAUCGCCGUCGACCACGGCAAGGUCAUUUAUGCCGCCAAGGAGACGGAGCGCGGCGUCGAUGUCUCUGGAGCCGAUGCUGUCCUGGCCAAGCUGUAAACGGGGGGCGUUCUUUUCCUCUCGGCUUUCUGGCUGUAGAUUUUUUUCACACACAGGGAAAUAAAAGGGCACUUCGGAGAAGAGGUGUUUGUUUUGGGAUUUAAGGCAUCAAAGCUAGAUAGCGCCUCAGAGUAAAUGAUAAUUCACACAUUGAUUGCUUGGG